AUGCCAAAAGACUUCAUCAGCGUGGUACAGGACCUCGAAGACCUCCUGUGCCACCACAUCAUCGCCUCCACCGCCAGCAACUUCGUCGAAGAGCUCGUCGACAUCCUCAAGGCCGUCCUUCGCAUCGACCGCAACACCCACUGGAGCAUCCAGUCCUUUCUGUACGAUCUUCGAGAAGAAUACUAUCGCCUACACCUCACAUCCGAACGCCCCCAGCCAUCCCGCCCCCCCAACGACAUCUGGCCCCGCCUCAACCGCUCCGUCGUCGAGCCCCUGAGCACCAUGCCCAUGACCCACGACACCGGCCCCGACAUGGCCGCCUUUGCCGUCCGCUACGCCGACCAGAUGUACAACGUCCUCCGCCUCCAGGCAAAGAUGCCCUACAAGCCCUUUAUCGAGGUCCUUACUGGAAACGGCUUCGUAAAGGGCUCCUCCUCCUCAGCCGCCCUCUCCACCACCACCACAGACGCCAGCAGCGCUAAGAGCGACGCCGCUAUGCACGAUUGCGCCAGCGUUGAUGCCGGCAGCAUCAGCGAGCACGCCCAGGAGUACGAUGCCAGUCUCCUUUCUAGACUGGCCUUUCUGGAAGAUCGCGUCGCUAUCCUCGAGAGGAGAGAGGAACUCCUCGACGGCCAGCUCGACCGUGCCACACAAGCGAUGUCGGCUCUGCGUUCCACAAACCUCGACUUGGCCAGAAAGGUGUCCGAGGUGCAGCAGCGAAACCACGACCUGCGCAGGACUUAUGCUGUGUAA